AACCGAAAACCGGAGCCAAAGCAUCCAAUGACAAGAAGCGGCAGCUCACCAACGGAUUCCCCCACGGUCCGGAGAUCCUCCCGUGCCAGACGCCCGGUCACUACGAUCUACGACUUGGCGGCGGCCAAAACAAACACCGGGCCGGACCGAAGAAAGAGGGACGUCGACGGCAGCAGCAGCAGCAGCAUCGACGGGGAUGAGUGAGUGGUGCCGGAGCGUUCGUUUCUUUGUGUGCGGUGUUUGUGUGUGUGUGCAGUAUGGCGUGUGCAAUCCGGGGGGGGACGAACCUUGCGUUUCUCGAAGCAACGACGAUGUCGGAGGCAAGUUCGGACGGAAACCGAUCCACGAUGCAGAGCAUGCAGAGCACCAGCCUUUGUAUUUUCAUUCGCAUUCGAAUUUGCAUUUUCAUUCGCAUUCGCUUUCCCACUGACCCUCGCCCUUGCCCUCGCCCUCGCCCUUGCUCUCGGCCUCAGGGAGAACUACGGGGACAGCGGCGAGGACCAUCAGGAUUCCUCGAGCGAAAACGACAGCGACGAGGAUGCCUCGGCCGCGAGGACUCCGGCACGAAAGAAAUCCAGAACCACCGGGGGCGUGGCCACGAACCGGCGGCGGUCCUCUGCGGGUGCGUCCCCCGCCGCCCCGGCGAAGCGAAAGAAUCCCGCCGCGGGGGGCAGGGGCAGGGCCCGSGCCGCGGGAACUCCCGGAGGAAGACGCUCAAAGACGGGCCCAAAGACGGGCCCUUCUCGCCCGGUGUCCACCCGGUCGGCCUUCACCAAGGCCCGCAUCGCGCAGGCCCUCGGCAUGCUCUCGAAAAAAGCCCUCAACAACCACGGCACGGACGAGGACGACUCCGGGAACAACGCCGACGCCGACGUCGACGUCGACGAAACCCCCGAGAACAGCCUCCUSGCGGCGCUCCUGGCCUCGGCCAAGCCCAUUCCCGGGAUCCCAUCGACGGAGCGCCCCAAGACCUUUUACUGCCAGCAGCAGAGACAGCAGCGGCUGCAGCUGCWGCUGGAAUCCCACGGGGAAUACGGGAAGCCUCCCAACCGGGAGAAGCGCACGGCCGCUAUUAUGGGGGUUUGCCUGCCCCAGCUGGACGGGAUCGUUCGCCACCUGAUCGCCACAACGGACCAACACGGGGACAACGGGGGACCGCACGAGCUSCACGUCAGGCUCCUCAACCUCUUGUUUCGAAGCGUCGGGGGAUCCACCCGCUCCAACAUUCCGGAGCACGGCAUUCCCAAGAGCCACGACAGCGACAACGAAAACGAGAACGAAAACGAGAACUACAACGAAAACAGCCAUGCCUACACCGACCUGGACGAGCUCGAAGACAACGACUGGGACGAUCUCGUCUCGAGAGUGGUGACGGUCAUGAAGAACGAAUCGGAUGCCGACCAAACCCUUUUGGUGGUGGCCGACGACCACGACCACGACGACGACGACGACGAGGAAAWCUAUCUCGACGGCGCACCCCCGGCGCCACCCGUCCUGACGACACGAGCCAUCGGGAUCGUUGUGUACAGGACGCUCUACAAGGAGUUCUGGUACCGGCUCGGCCACGUCCUGCUGGCGCAUUCGCGUUCCCAGCCCCCACCGAUGGUCAGCGACGAAGACGAAGACGAGGACAACGAGUCCGACGAAGACACGGGGGACAGCAGCGAUAGCGAUGCCGACAGCGAUGCAUCGCCCCGCAGAAAAAAACGCAAGGCCUCCAAACCGAACAAGAAGGCCCCCUCCGUCGGAACCGAUGCCGCCACGCGGGGAUUUUCGUCCGACCGCUUCCAGCUGGAAAAGGUCCGCGACCUGAUCCUCCGCAUGACCGAGCUGGUGUCCGUGGGACAGCCCGACCUGCGAUCGGCGGCCACGACGGCGGUCUUGCAGCUGGCCACCGCCUGCGUCGAGCGGACCGUCGAGCUCCAGCAAAAGAUCGCCGUCGCGGCGCGCCAGCUGAGGGUUGCUUCCCGGCAGGGGUCCCGGGACAAGCAGCAGACGCUCAAACACCGGCUCGACAACUGGAAGCGCCACAAGGCMGAGCUCGAAGAAAUCGUGGAGGGACCAGUCUUCCAGGGGGUCUUCAUCCAUCGGUACAGAGACGCAAACGAGCGGAUCCGGAGGGACUGCCUGCGGAUGCUCUCUGGAAUCUCCCUGAUCCGGCCCGACAUUUUUCUGGUCGACACCUACCUCAAGUACUUUGGGUGGAUGGCCUCGGACAAGGCCCCGUCGGUCCGGAUCGCGGCACUAGAGGGGCUUUCUGCGCCCUUGGCGGAAGCGCGGUGGUCGGCCCAGGGGGUGGCAAAGCCGCCCUUCUCCAUCGACAUACGGGCCAUGCACAACGUCCUCUUCAAGUUCCUCGACCGCAUCGUWGACUGUACCGGCGACGCCGACAGCACCCGGGUGCAAGAGAUUGCCAUCAAGACCAUGCUCCGCAUGCUCCGGGAAGAACUCCUGGACGAGUGGGACGACGACGUGGCCUGGGACAAGGUCAACCUCAAGGCACUCGAUGCCCUGUCCUCUCCGAGGGUCCGGAGGGACGCUCUCUAUUUUGUGAUGGACCAGCUCGAUCCCUUCGAUGCGGACGACGACGAAGAACGCAAGACCGUCGGCGACCGCAAGCAAUCGGACCGGUUGGUGGCAAUUGCUAGGUGGUGAGUCGUUCCGGGGUGCGGGGGUCCGCCUCACACUGGUUUGCUUUGAUUGUCGAUUGUUUGUAACAUUCCAUCUCCCUUUCUAAUCGUUGGUUUCUCUCUCUCUCUCUCUCUCUCUCUCUCUUGAUUCCCUCCUUUUGCAACGACGACAAAAAACAGGUGCGCAAACAAGCUCUGCGACGGAUUUAUUCCGAUCGACAAGCUAAACAUUCAACUGGUGGACUGCAUCGUUCAUUCGAUUCUGUCCAUGCCGGAGCACCGAAGUCUCGUUCUCAAUUGGCCGAUGAUCCUCCGGGCGAUCCGGAGCGAGAACCCCCAGCAGGGAUCCGAGACCGAGCGAGAAGAUACCGCGACCCAGCGAAUCCUCCUGCGGAUACUGGCCACUUCCGCGGAACUCGAGCGCCAGACCGUGGCAGAAAUCGAGAACCGCGAUUCCACCAUGACGGGGACGACCAAGGCGCUCACCUCGAGAACACGCAAGAAAUCGUCCAAGCACGCCGCGACCGAGGCGAGCCUCGACCAGUUGUCCACCGCGCUGCUGAAAAACCUUCCGCACCUCCUCGAGCUCUUCAAGAGCGACGUCGUGUCGCUYCGCGACGUCACCAAGCUCCCCCCGACCAUUGGCCUUUCGGCCCUCGGACUCCCGUCCCGGAAGAGCGACYUCCAAACCCUUGUCAAGACGCUCUGCCAGCUGUACCUCGACUCGACSGACGAACGCGUCCUGCAGAACAUUGCGCAAACCCUUUCUCGAUGGGUGGAGGGCGACCACACCCGGGUGUCGGAGGUCAAGAUCAACCUGAAGCGAUUGUCGCGUGCGAUGCAGGACAGAUUGAUGGACCUCUUUCGGGAGAGCGAUCCCCAGAAUAACGAGUACGGCGAGAAGAGCAGAUCCAGCCGGCGGCGCAGCAGCAAGACGCGUCGCCGUUCGUCUUCUAGCCAAACGGACGGUGCKAGCACCGCUGGAGGAUCCACCAUCUUUUCUGCCUCGCCACAGGCCGACCUGGAGCACUCCAUUUCGUUGCUAAUGCUUCGCUGGAAYAUUCUUUUGAUGCAGUGCCAGGCAARGUAUCUCUUCGAGACCCCAGAUGAGGACGAAGACGAAAACGAGGUGGACGGACUAUUCUUCACUAUAUCCGAAGCCAUGGGAAAGAGGCUCUCGGACAGAAUGCCAACCCUCGAUCGCGACACAAGCGACGAUGCUACUGCCGUAACGACCCCUCCAAUCUGGUCSGAGUACGAUCCGGACGUCCACGAGGCAGUUUCCAGAACCAUCGGGCGGUCGCUAAAAGUAUUGCUGCUCAUCCUAUCUUACGAAUUACACGAUACGCUGAUGGAUCGGAAGGAAUUCGAGUCCUCCGAGAGCGAAACGACAGACGACGUKGAAGUCGACGAGUACAGCCUUCCUGUCCUGAAACUAAGAGACAACCUCAUAAAGCUUCUUGGUCUUUGUUUUGAUCAACACCUUCCACGGAUCGAGGGGGUGGCGUACAGUAGCGAGCAGCACGACUUUGCCACCGCGGUCCAAGCCGGYGCAGGAGAAGUAGCGUCGGACCUGCGGACUCUCUUUCCCUGGGACUGGUCGAAGGCUGCCGAUCCGGUGCGCAGAUCACUGGCACUGACUAACGGCGAGGACUUUACCCUGAUGCUCUCCGGGUUCGCUCGCUGGUUUCAGUCCAGGGAAGAAGAGAUUUCUGAAGACACGGACGACGCUUCGCCGGAUUCUCUGCUGAGAGAGGCCAUCCUCCCACUGGCGCGGGUGACCAACAUGAAUUUCGAGGGCUAUUUCCGCAAGGAAGCCGCCAUGAUUAUGCAGCACAUUAGUGGCAGCGGAAGCUUGGCGUCACAGACCAUACUCGCCUUGUCGCGCUCGCUGAAGAAGGUACGCUUUUUUCGGCACGGUCUGCGCCGCUUUUAUUCAUUUUUCCUUUCUGUCGCUCUUUCCUCCAGCUCUAAGCCGUUUUUGGUUUUGUUUUAUUCUAUGUUGUUGCGUCGUAUUCAUUACACCCACAGACCAACCCCGUUCGCAUGCUCGAAUCUCAGAUGGCGUGUUUGCGGCUUGCUUUUGAAAACUGGUUGGAUAACGARCCAGAUAUUCCUGAAGARACCUCGCCAWCGGAAGAAGAGCUACAGGCGUUCGAAGAAGCUGAAAAGUAUCACUUUGAUUCAUUUCUUUCGAUGGAACAAGUUGCUUCAAGGCUUUCGUCAACCCUUGGUGUUGCUGGAAGAAUCAGCAACGCAGGUCUGAGAAAGUCGAUUUUUGGUUUCAUGAGAGAAGGUAUUCGAUACGCUUUUGAUGGCAUCGAAGGGAAUCAGCAGGACGACAACCUGAUGAUUGGCAGUCGUUUGGCUUUCUUAUCGAUUCUYUCGAAGUAGGUUUCUCAAUUCGUUGCAUCGUUUCAGCAUAGCUCCAUUCAAGCCAUCGUGCUUGGGUCGUUUGUGUUUUGAUUGUAAUUCUAACAUCUCCGUUUCAUUGCUUUCACAAAGAUACGCAAUCUGGAUAAAGAAAGAGAAGGAGCAUCUAGAACACGUUUCCGAUUACCUGAUCGAAAAAGAAUCUGAACUUCGUCGUCACCCUGAAUUCGAUGAGGUACACGAGGAAGAUCUGAACACGCUCGCCGACUUCAAAAAGGCUCUGGGGAUUAAACGAGUCACCGAAAUUUCCUACGAGACCGACGAUGGAGCCUCUCGCGUGGAUGCUGCUUCCUACUCAGUGGCUACGCCAACCACUACAGCCUCCGGAGGAUCGUCUCGCCGCAGGGUUUCUUCUGCUACGAGCCGUGGGAGCGUAUCUUCUCGUCGGUCCGGAACUUCCGUACAGAGCGAGUUGUCACCAUUGUACGAAGAAGACAAUACAAUGGUGGGAGAAGACGACACAGAGUCGUCCCCGACUCAACAGAAACGGAGACRAUCCCGUUCGCAGUCGAGCCGCAGAGAGAGAUCGGGAAGAAGUGGUACGAAGGGCGCACACGGCCGAGAAACAAUUCUAGAAGAAAACGAGCAAGAGAGCAGAGCUUAGAGAUCGCUUUUUGGUCAAUUGCUACAUUUUCUUCAUGUUCACUGCAUCRUACAUUUCUAUUCAGAACACUUGUGCGAGACAUCGUCUUCCCUGYUGUGUCGAAUGGGAUUUGUUGGUAUAAAGAAUAUCGAUUCUCGUGCAGCUGCACGGUGUUCUGUCGUGAGAUAGUCCAUCAAGAUUUAUUUUGUUUCGGCCGUUACUACMAGGGAUAACUACUUUCUUUGAAAAUAUGAUUGAAAACAUUAAAUAUACGGUAUUUUA